AAAGAUGCACUGGUGGAUAUUAUCACCACUCUUCUAAACGACAAUUCGCCUUUUACAAUUGGCAGCGUUGUGAUGGCCUUUGAUGAUGUGUGUCCUCAAAGGUUUGAUUUAAUUCAUCCGCACUAUCGGAAACUUUGUAGGAUGCUAAUUGAUGCGGAUGAAUGGGGGCAAAUAGCUAUUAUUGGUCUUUUGUUGCGAUACGCGAGAACACAGUUUCUAAAUCCAAACCCCGAUUCAAAU